AGCACCAUUUCUAGUUCAGCUCGUAAAUGGAUCUAACGACCUUGAAGGACGAGUAGAGGUCUUGUAUGAUGGUUUUUGGGGAACCGUUUGUGAUCAUGAGUGGGAUCUGAGAGAUGCUAGGGUCGUGUGUAAAAUGCUGGGGUUUGAUGGAGCCUUAGCCGCACCAGGCUCUGCUGCGUUUGGCCAAGGUUCAGGGGAUAUACUACUUGAUGGUAUAUCCUGUGAAAUUACACACGAUAACCUGGCAGACUGUUACCAUCGAGGGAUUGGCGUCUCCAAUUGCGAACACGAAGAGGAUUCUGGAGCCAUUUGUUUCAGAGGAGACCCAUUCAAGGUUCGUCUCACCGAUGGGGCGAAUGAUUCAGAGGGUCGAGUAGAGGUUAUGUACAAUGGAUCAUGGGGAACUGUCUGUGACAAUGGCUGGGAUCUGAACGAUGCGAGAGUUGUUUGCAGAAUGUUAGGGUUUGAUGGAGCUUUGGCAGCAACAGUUUCUGCACGGUUUGGUCAGGACAAUGGUAACAUUCUGCUUGUUGAUGUCCAGUGUUACGGAACAGAAAAGAACAUAGCAGAUUGUUAUCACAGAGGAAUAGGAGUUCAUAACUGUAGCCAUGCCAGAGAUUCGGGUGCCAUUUGUUUCUCAGGAGGUAUGACUCUGUCCUAUAGUACAUUAGAGUUGUUCAUGUGAGCAUGAUUUUUAGCUUUCUCGACAAAAGCUGCAAUAGAACGAUAUACAUCUUCCUGAACUUAGGUUUCAAACUUUGGGAUACAAAAAUACGAAAUAGUGCAGAAGUUGUCAAAUACAUUUAUUUAUGUUGCUAUUAAUUUUGAAAUAGCUGUCGAAAUAUAUGAGUUACAGCUGCAUAACAAAAAGAGGACAAAUCACUACCUUAAACAAAAACUUGACGUUUGAAAAUGUCUUGCAAGAUUUCUUACUCAGAGGAAAUCUAUUUAUUUCGAUUAGUUAAAUAUACACCGCAUUACUUUCAUAGUCCGUCUGAUUGGAGGAGCUAAUGACGCUGAGGGUAGAGUAGAGAUUCUACACGAUGGCUCGUGGGGAACGGUCUGUGACGAUUCCUGGGAUCUCAAGGACGCCGAGGUUGUUUGCAGAAUGUUAGGCUUGGGUCGAGCUUUGGACGCUCCAUCUGAUGCUCGCUUUGGUAAAGGAUCUGGGAGUAUCUUUCUGGAUGAAGUUCAGUGCCAGGGGACAGAAGUUGACAUUGAACGUUGCGAUCAUGACGGCAUUGGUGUGCACAACUGCGCACACAACGAAGAUGCCAGCGUUAUUUGCACUCCGAAAGGUAAACAUUUCAAUAAUAUGACAAUUAUGAUUCUCCUGGAGGUUGGGUUUUGUUAAUUUAUAUGGUUUCAAUUGUGUCCGUAGCAAAAUGUUCACAAAAAAGGCCACCGUUUAUCCCUCCCAAAGUGUCUCGAUAAAUCCCCCCAAACACAGAAUCUGUUUUACCGGUUUUAAUUAUGCCUUUUGGGGUGUUGCAGACACA